AUGCUACGUCACAGAAGAAAGAGACCGAAUAUCUCCUUGGUAAGGUCAAUUUGUUUAGAACCGGUUAUCACAAUGUUAUGUAUUGUGUUAACCAGAGCGCUACUCAACCGGUCGGUUUUAAGAUCGACAUGAAGGACGAUAAGCGAUAUUCUUUACAGUUGAUUGUGGGUAAUGCAUCAAAUACUAACAUCAGUAGUGUAUUUUCUUGUUUCGUAUCGGUUAAUCUUAGAGGAGAUAUUCGAAUUCCCGGACGACGUUCGGUUUAUAAAAUUUUUAGAGAUUAUUCAGAAGAAGAACCGAAGAAGAAACGGUUAAUUGGUUUGUCUGAGGAUAUGGAGAAUAUGCAGAUAGGAGAUGAAGAAGAUGACUUUGAAGUUUAAACGAUGUCGUAUAGAGUACUUCUAUACUUAGAAUAUUUUAUGAGAUAUAGAGAGCGUAAGCGUGAUGUUAUGAUGACGUCGAUAAUGUAAUUUAAUUAUGAAAUAAUAAAGAGAAUAUUUAUUG